AUGCCCUACUACUUGAAGCCCUGUUUUCUUUAUUUUGGAGCUUUUCCUGAAGACGAUGAAAUCUAUGUCCCCCGAUUGAUUCAGUUGUGGAUAGCAGAAGGAUUUGUGCAGAGAAGAGGAGAAGAAGAAAUGGAGGAUGUUGCGGAGGAUUACCUAGAUGAGCUCAUCAGUAGAAGCAUGAUUCAGGUGGGGAGCAGGAGGAGCAAUGGAACGGUUUUUAUAUGCCGUAUUCAUGAUCUUCUACGAGACCUCUCAAUAUCAGAAGCGAAGGAGGAGAGAUUUCUGGAAGUGCAUGGGAACAUGGCGCCUGAAUUACCUACAAAGGCACGCGGACUUGCAGUUACUUGUGGUGACAUCAAUAAGUCCAUCUCUCUUAACUGCUCCACUCCACAACUACGCUCUUUGUUGCGCUUCAGUAGAGAGGAUCAAAUGCUGGAGAAACCGCAGUUGAAAAUCAUCUGGGGAGCUUUCAAAUUGCUCAGGGUGAUGGAUCUCCGUCGGGUACGCAUCUCUAGUCUCCCUGAUGAAAUAGGGUAUCUAAUCCACUUGAGGUACCUAUGUCUCAUCAGGACAAGGUUGGAAAGGCUACCAUCCACCAUAACUCGCCUCUCCAAUUUACGGACUCUCGAUCUACGAGGUACAAAUGUCCACAUGCUACCAGAUGAUAUUUGGAAGAUGGAACAGAUAAGGCACCUACAUCUAUUAACUACGGCAAGACUUCCUGUUCAAAUCAGCAACGUCAUGCAAAUCCAUCGCGUAAGCAAUCUCCAGACUCUAAAAUAUGUAAAGGAGGGCAGCUGGAUAGAAGAUGGAUUGGAGAAACUAACCAAUUUGAGAGAUUUGGGAAUAGAGGGAGAUCUCAAAAUGGCAUUGUCCCGUUCCAUUACUAAACUGGCAAGCCUCAGAUCAUUGCGGCUAGAGGCAAGUCCUAAUUGCUCGAUUCCAGCGUUUCCAUCCUUUUCAAAUCAUCAUCAUCUAUUUUACAUGAAUUUGGUCGGACCCUUUGAGAAAUUACCGGAUGUGCAUGAGUUCCCACCUAACCUCACAGAGCUAUUCUUGAGGGGGUCCCAAUUAGAGCAUGACCAGAUUGGAACGCUGGAGAUGCUGCCGAACCUUCGGAGACUCUGUUUAUUAUCCAAAUCAUACAUAGGAAAGGAAAUGGUUUGCUCCGUCGGAGGGUUUCCACUGCUCGACUAUUUAUAUAUUUAUGAUUUGGAUGAAUUAGAGGAAUGGAUAGUGGAGGAAGGGGCGAUGCCGAAUCUUAGACGUUUAGAGAUUAAUAAAUGCAGAAGAUUGAAGAUGCUUCCUGAUGGAUUGCGACAUAUCAGCACCCUUCAAGAUUUGCAGUUAAGAAGCAUGCCGGAAGGAUUCAUAGAAAGGGUGCGAAAAGACGAUGGAGAGGACUGGUUUAAGAUCCAACACGUACCCGCGCUCACCAUCAACCCGUAG